CGCAGCUUAUGUGGAAAAUAUCAACAUCAGAAACUGACUAUUUGAUUUGAUAACAAUAGGAACUUUCAUUAAACAUCAACACAUAGUGAUUAAUAUAGGGAAUCGUUUUUAUUAAUAUUCACUUAGGAAGAACUAACAUUCUUAAAGAAUGAAUUUCUUUAUUGUAUGCGUUCAUAAAAUAUAUGAAUAAAAGAGAAUAUGUGAAUUAAAUGGAAGUAACGACCCCACGAGGUUCUAAAAUCUGGAGCACAUGUUUGGAUAACUGAUCUUUCAUUUACAUGUUGGUAAUGAGUUGAGUAAAGACAUCCAUAUAGUCAGCGAUACAAAGAGAUUUAAUAAGAUGGUUGCCACGUCAGACCUGAUUAUCAUCAUCACUCUUGUCAUCCUCGUGAUCAUCAUUUUCUUCAUUCUGCCCAUCGACUUCUUGCUGUGGGUGAAGCGCACCAAGGGCACCUUACAGUGGAAGCGUGAGGAGAAGGCAGAGCGCAUAGAGCGCGCUGAACGUUUAGGACCCCGUCCUGGCAUGUACACAGCCAGGUUUCUACUCCAUAAAAUGAAUUCAAGGGACCAGAUAGAUCUGAUGGAGAGUAUGCGUGAUUCACCAAGUUACAGUAGAAUGGCUGCACAUAUGUUGUUCAAUGAAGAAAACUAUGAAAUACCCAAGAUUGUUACAGGACAUGUGGAGGUUAACAACUCUGCCAUUGUUAAUUACAUGAAAGGGCUAAAGAAAGGGGAGGACAAAAACAGUACUGUUAGUAUGUCAGAACACGGGGACAUAAUGCCUGAAAUUGAAGGCCCUAUUGAAUCAAGACCAUCCUCAUCAACCUUCGUCAUAUCAGAUAGAAUUUGAACUUAUGACGCAACUAUUGCAAUCUAUGACAUUCAAAAUUUACUGGCUGUAAAUUGCAAUAGAAUAUGGUGAAUAUAUGGAGUUUAGCCCAGCUGCACCUGCAAUACAGCAUACAUAAGAGUUAUGACCUAUAUGAUUGUCCGUCCUAUCAAUUGACCAUUUUAGAUACAAAUUCAAUUAUUCUGUUUUGGAUACUGUUGCUAUACAUUUCACUCACAUGGUAUGACAUCACUUUGAAAUAAGAUAUGGUCAUGAGACAAAACAGCUGGAAACAGCUUAAACAGUAUUGUAUGAACUAUUGCAGAGAUUUACCAUGGAGCCUUUAAUGUGUAAUUCAAAAUAGCAACAUUGUAUGAGGACAAAACGGAUAUGUACAUAUACAAUACAAAGCCAAUAUAGACUAGUAUUGCUUUUUAUUUCCUGUAGUCCCAUGUAUGACAUGUGCCAAUCUGAGAGAAAGGAAUAUGACAGUGAUAUCACAAAUUAUAAUAUUGCUUUUGAGACAGGAUCUCAUCA